CCAAUAGGAAAAAAUUGACAUAUAAAAAGGUUUCAGGUCUCCUUUUUCUUCAACCUCUCUUUUUAACCUUUUACCUUUUCCCCCUCUUUUUUCGUAUACUUUAACCAAACCGAUAGGCCAUCAUGAGAGAGAUCAUCCACGUUCAAGCAGGCCAGUGUGGUAAUCAGAUUGGUCAAAAAUUCUGGGAAACCAUUAGUCAAGAGCAUGGUAUUGAUCCCACCGGUGCCUAUGCCGGUACCAACGAUUUGCAGUUGGAACGUAUCAAUGUGUAUUACAAUGAAGGUUCCCCAGGCAAAUAUGUCCCAAGAUCGGUGCUUGUGGACCUGGAGCCGGCCACCAUGGAUUCUAUUCGAGCAAGUACCUAUGGCAAGCUGUUCCGACCAGACAACUUCAUCUUUGGCCAAUCCGGUGCUGGUAACUCAUGGGCCAAAGGCUACUACACGGAAGGAGCCGAACUGGUCGACUCGGUGCUUGACAUCAUUCGUAAAGAAGCUGAGCAUACCGAUUGCUUGCAAGGUUUCCAGUUGGCCCAUUCUUUGGGUGGCGGUACCGGUUCUGGUUUGGGUUCCCUGUUGUUAUCAAAGAUCCGCGAAGAGUACCCUGACCGCAUGUUGUGUUCCUAUUCUGUGGUACCGUCACCCAAAGUAUCCGAUACCGUCGUCGAACCGUACAAUGCCGUGUUGUCGGUCCAUCAACUGGUGGAAAAUUGCGACGCCACAUUCUGUAUUGACAACGAAGCUCUCUACGAUAUCUGUUUCCGCACUCUCAAGUUGACCAAUCCUGGUUACGGCGAGUUGAAUCAACUCGUUUCUGCUGUCAUGUCAGGUGUAUCCACCAGUCUGCGAUUCCCAGGACAGCUCAACUCGGAUCUUCGCAAGUUAUUCGUCAACAUGGUGCCUUUCCCUCGUCUUCACUUUUUCAUGGUAGGCUUUGCUCCGUUGACAGCCCUCAGCUCGGAGCAAUACCGCAAUGUGAGCGUGACCGAACUCACCGCACAAAUGUUCGAUGCGCGUAACAUGAUGGCCGCCUCAGACCCUCGUCACGGCCGUUAUCUUACGGUAGCCACCAUUUUCCGCGGUCGCCUGUCGACAAAAGAAGUUGAAAAUCAAAUGUUGGCGGUGCAGCAGAAGAAUUCAUCCUAUUUCGUCGAAUGGAUUCCAAACAGUGUGAAAACUUCCUUAUGUGACAUUCCUCCGGUCGGCCUGCGAAUGUCCGGUACCUUCAUUGGCAACAGUACGGCUAUCCAAGAGUUAUUCAAGCGUGUCAACGAACAAUUUACCGUCAUGUUCAAACGUAAAGCGUUCAUGCAUUGGUACACAGGCGAAGGCAUGGACGAAAUGGAAUUUACGGAGGCUGAAUCCAAUAUGAACGAUCUUGUGUCAGAGUAAGAAAUCGGGUUUUCGUAUGCAUGCGGCAUCUCCAUAAGAAUAAUCUUUUUUUUCUUUUGCAUUUAUUUUCUAGGUACCAGCAAUAUCAGGAAGCGAGUAUUGAGGAUACUGAACUUGAAGAAGGCGAAUAUGAAGAGGAG